AUGCUACUCUACUGCUUUACAUCUAUAAGGACAGGCGAAGUAUAUAAGUCUAUAGCUCGGAGAGCCAAGGCAAGAAUACCUAAAGAAGACAAAAGGGAUAUAGCACUGGAGGCCCGCAUGAUAGCGGCAUACUAUAAGCAUUUUACACUUACUAUUGAGAGUAUGGAUAACGAGCCGAUGCUAGUUCUUACCUAUAACCGAAGAUUUGUAAAAGGGUAUUGGAGGAAGAAGGCACAGGAUAUUCCCACGUAUACUUUCUAUGAAACGUACCGAGAGGAUGUAUUCCUUUUCCUAAAUUUGCUUAUAUUCUUCUUGCCAAUGGAGAAAUAUUGGAUCGGGCUGAGGCUUACGCUAAGGCUAUUCCGUCGGAAAACAGGAUCCUGGAAGUUAUCUAUUUUGCUGAGAGUGUUUAUGAGACGCCAGUAUUCCGGCCGUACACUGAGCUUCCCGUUGAUAAGUCUACAGGCAAAGCUUGAGGGGCAGAUGCCUUUAGAAAAGAACAAAACCCAGUCGGAGUCUGCAAGGAUAAGAUUCGCGGGGCAGACUAACCGAGAUACUUACGGGAGGUUCUAUGCCCAUCCGGCUAGUGAAAUAGAUAGACCAGCAAACUACCUUAGAAUUACAAGUCGAAGUAAGCAUAUUAAAAACCGCCGCGGAAUGGGGAUAUAUCAGAGUUUGAGUUUCUGGAUCGAAUUAAAUAAGCCUCUGGGCUCUAAGGAGAACCAAGUCAAUAUAGAGAAGAAAACUCUUUUCUUCUAUAGGCGAAGGGUUCUGCCACAGAGAGACCUUUUAGCUAAUAUAUUUCCUAAGAAGAUUUCUCUGAGACGAGCCCUGGAAGCACUAGAAUUUAUCUGCAAAGAUAUAUACUCUGUUGUAUAUCGUGCUACUCUCCAGCCUGAGGAUGGAAAAUAUCUUUGUAGAAAGUCAAUUGAUGAGUGA